CCUCCCCUCCCCUGGCCUCGGGAGAGCGUGUACAUGUCCUUCAGCGUGUCGCCCUGCUGGAGUUGAGGUGUUUACAAGGAAAGUGUGUCAAGUUAAAUCCAAGGUGAACGGCUGCUGGUGCUGCAGUCGCACGAUGCUCGCUGCAUGCUCACGGAGCUGAGAGGACUGUCUGCUGGAAAGUUGGUCUGAACAUCAACAACCAUGACAGGUGACACGGUGGUCUGGAGGGGUCUGACCUGGAUGAAGCAGGCGGCCAGCAGAGGCCCGCCGGGCAGCCUGCACGGCACCGGGAACCAGAGGCUGGUAAACUUCCAUCACGCUGCCGGAUCAGCAAGGGAGACGUUCAACAAACAGCAAGAAGUCCACAGAGUCACGGCAGCGCAGUUUCACAGAUAUUCGACUAUGGGAGCUGGUUUCAGUAGCUGUUUCGUUGGAGGUAUAAAUGGCGGACAGGGGACCUGCGGCGGGGCACCCAGCGCUAAGAAGUACCACAGGGACUGGUCUCGCCAACUGUUCUCUGGACAUACGAGGUUAUUUAACCAGGACAACUCCACAGUGGGGCGGCUGACAACGGAGGACGUUGAUAAAGCACGAAACAGCAAGAAAACAGACAUCAAGCAACAUAAGCAAGUGGUAUCCACUCUCAGUGAAAGGUCCAGAGAGAGGAAGGUGCCCGUCACGCGGAUAGGAAGGCUGGUGAAUUUUGGAGGUCUGGCGGUCGGACUCGGCAUUGGGGCGAUCGCUGAAGUGGCCAAGAAGAGUUUUAAACCACGACAGCAACAAGGUGAUAAGAAGGCCGUUCUGAGCUCGAGCGCCUUCCUCUCCGAAGCCAACGCUGAGAGGAUUGUCCGGACGCUUUGCAAAGUCCGCGGUGCUGCUCUGAAACUUGGACAGAUGCUCAGUAUUCAAGAUGACGCCUUCAUUAACCCUCAGUUGGCCAAAAUCUUUGAGCGCGUCCGGCAGAGUGCAGACUUCAUGCCCACUAAGCAGAUGAUGAAAGCCAUCAGCAGUGACCUCGGCCCCAACUGGAGGGACAAGCUGGAGUACUUUGAGGAGAAGCCGUUCGCGGCCGCGUCCAUCGGUCAGGUGCAUUUAGCGAGACUGAAGGACGGCAGAGAGGUCGCCAUGAAGAUUCAGUACCCCGGGGUCGCCAAGAGUAUCGACAGUGACGUGAACAACAUCAUGACUGCUCUGAGUUUGAGCAACGUGCUGCCUGAAGGUCUGUUUCCUGAGCACCUUAUUGAGGUCAUGAGCCGCGAGCUGGCACUGGAGUGUGAUUACAUAAGAGAGGCGAAAUGUGCCAAAAAAUUCCAGGAGCUGCUGAAGGAUCACCCGUACUUCUAUGUGCCUGAUGUGAUCGACGAGCUGAGCAGCCAGCAUGUCCUCACCACAACUCUGGUGCCCGGUUUCCCUCUGGACCAGGCCACUGACCUCUCUCAGGAGCUCAGGAAUGAGAUUUGUGAGCAAAUCUUGAUGCUAUGCAUGAGGGAGGUUUUCGAGUUCAGGUACAUGCAGACGGAUCCAAACUGGUCCAACUUCUUCUUUGAUCCACAAGCUCACAAGGUUGCACUGCUGGAUUUCGGAGCUACUCGGGGAUUCGAUAAGAGCUUCACUGACACCUACAUUGAGAUUAUUAAUGCAGCUGCAAAUCAGAACAGAGAAGGAGUCCUGCAGAGGUCCAGAGACAUGAAGUUCCUGACAGGAUAUGAGUCAAAGGCGAUGGAGAACGCCCACGUGGACGCAGUGAUGAUCCUCGGGGAGGCCUUUUCCUCCGAGGAGCCCUUCGACUUUGGAGCUCAGAGCACCACCGAACGCAUCCACAGUCUCAUCCCUGUGAUGCUGAGGGAGCGACUCACGCCGCCUCCUGAGGAGACGUACUCCCUCCACCGCAAGAUGGGCGGCUCCUUCCUCAUCUGCUCCAAACUCAAAGCUAAGAUAGUGUGCAAGAACAUGUUCCAGGAGGCCUACAGGAACUACUGGAAAGAUGGACGCCCCGGGUCGACAAACUGAGGCUGACGACUGGUUUUGUUGGUAUGUUGAACGACUGAACUGAACACAUUCUGUCCAGAUGUUUGGUCGUUUUUGUGGCUCGCUCAUCAAGUAAACUGAUGAGUGCAUGAAAACAUCACAAUGAUGCCUUUAAAGAACUAUUUCAUAUCUGUGUGCUUCAUAUUCCAGUUCGACCAGGACUGCCAUCAGGUUCAUGUGUGAACUGUAUUAACGUGUUUGAAUGAAUUUGUUGUUAAUUAUGUGUUUGUAUGGUUCGAGGAACUGUACUCUGACCAGGAUUUGUCAAAAUAAAUUGAAACCGAUGUUGCAAAAAGAAA